AUGACUGAAGAAGAGGAGAAUAGCUCGAUUUCCUCGGAAAAGUCACACGAUGAAACAACGAAAAAUGAAAAAUUAGACGAAAAUAAAGACAACGACAGUGAUGAGGAUGAGGAAAAAGACAAAGAGAACAACAAUAACACGAGAAUGGAUUGGGCAGCCCUGUUGAAAAUGGCAGAAGAGGCGGAGGCUGAGCUUGAGGAAGUCCUUCUUCCACCAAUUCAACAUCAUAUCAACAAUCUAGAAAAAGGAAGAGAAGUCUCGAAAUUGGCCUCAAUUCGAGCAUUACCGGAAAUGAUUGAGGAUGAAGGAGAUCCGGCUAUUGAAGCACUUCUACCAUCAGUACAGCGUUGUCUACGCGAAGAGGCCUCAAAUUUGGAUGUCCAUUGUGAGGCGGCUGUCGUCUUCAAGAGUAUUCUACAGAGCGAGAAACUUACAAGAAAGCAUCCCGGUCUGACCGAGAAAUUGCUGAAGAACAUCUUGGAGAAUAUUCAACAACAAAAGGAUAACAUGAGCGCGGCAGCUUGGUUGGAGACUCUUGUUGACAUCGCUGAUCGCAUCGAUUUACAAUCCGUCAAAACCUAUAUAGUCCCUGUUGUUCAGCAACAAUCCGAGCCCAAUCAGCGCAUCCAGCGGAGAAUCAUUGCCACGAAACUUUUACACAAAUUAGCCACAAUCCUGCCGGCUGUCGAAAUUCGAAAAGAAUUGGGCACGUGUACUCAAUUACUUUGUGAGGAUCCGAAUGCGAAUGUCCGAAGCGGAAUGGCUCAGAGAAUUGCGGCCAUCGCAAAGAGUUUCAACACGGCUUCUGAAUCAGUUUCCCUCGUGUUACCAUGUUUGGUGUCAUUGGUUGGUGAUGAGGAAGCUGGUGUCAGAGAGGCUGCGCUCAAUGCUAUCGCUCCAUGCAUACCAACUUUCACAAAAGAAGCCAAGAAGUCCACAGUUCUCCCGUUGAUUCGAAAGUGCACGGAUCAAGCGAUCACCAAAGCCGAUGAACAACUAGCCAUUGUGGCGAAGAAUUUUGGCGAAUGGGCAUACUCGUUGAAGGAAGUGAUGGAUGCACUCGAUAAAUCAUGGGUUCUAAACACUUAUCUCCGAAUGGUCUCAUGGUCACAACCAAAAGAGGGAAAAACGGCUCGAGAGGGUCUUCUUGGGACACUCGUUCGACGGGCUUGUGCAUACAAUUAUCCGUGUCUUUUGGUGAUGUUCCCGAAAGCUUUCGAGCGUUUGUUGCCGAUUUUAGAGGCUUUCUGUGGUGAUCCCGAUGAUGAAGUCCGGGUGUCGAUUGCUUCAUCGUAUCACGAGAUUGUUCAACUCUAUCCAAAUAAAGUUCAAUUAAUCCCGCCGUUUAUCGAAUUGGUGAGAAGUGGAGCCACUGAGGUUGUCGCAAAGAUAACUUUCAAUUUGGAUAAAAUGCUUCCAAUCUUGUACAAAUGUGCGAGACAAAAAGAAGAGGAUGGGCCAAAAGUAUCGGCUCAACAACUCGAUCGGAUACUGAUCGGUUGCAAUGUUUUGUUGAGAGGAAGCGGUGCAUGGCGUUCGCACGAAGCCUAUCUGAAUGCUUUAGCGGUUCUCACUCAAGUCCUCAACUAUCAUCAACUUUUCGACACUUUUGUUCCCAUUUUGCAAAAGGAAGUGCUAACUGUGAGAGCGAAUCCUUGUCGAGUGGCAGCUGUUUCAACGCUUCUCCUUUUCAUGAAAGAGCAUCCAGAUCGAGAGAAACGGGAAAUUGUUAUCGAUUUUCUUAAAAAUGACAUUCUUAAGCACGACUCUUGCUAUCGACGAUCCGUUUUUGUUGACGUGGCCGAGUGUGUUCUGAAAAUGUUCAGUCGACGCUUUUUCAAGCAAUAUUUCCUCACCGAGACCCUUAGUCUGGCCAGGGAUCGAGUGGCAAAUAUUCGAUUACGAUUAGCCAAACUCUUGCCCAAAAUCAAAGCCACAAUCGUUUUGCCCGACGAUGAUUCAUUGCUUCUACAGAUGGAGAAAACUGUUCGAGAUAUGUUGUCGAAAGAGGACAGCCCACAAGCAAGAACUUUCGUUCAAGGAGCAGCUUGUAAUUUGUCUCGAGCGGAUUCUGGAAAGAAAUCGGAUAAAGAAGAUGAGAAAAGAAUGGAAGAAGAAGACAAAUUGUGGAAUGAUGAGAGUAGAGUGAUCGAGAAGAAUCGCUUGGAGAUGAAACCGCCAUCGGGACUCCGGCCUCCAUCCACAAAUCUCAAAAACAAGGAGACGAAAGAAGAGACAACAAAUGAAAGUAAAGAAGCAAGCUCUUCACUCAGCACUUCAUCAUCUUUUUCAUCAAUUCCCCUUCAAACGAGCUCUUCCGGUUCAAGACUCCCAUCCACUUGGCGAACGCAACGAAGAGCCAUUGCUGUCGUUCGCCCACAACCGAUUGUUGUCAUGAGAUCUCCAUCACCGGUUCCUUCAGCUGCCGAUGUGGCGAGAAAAUCGAGGCUUCCUUUGAGUACCGCUUAUUCAACAGCUACAUCAAGUUUAGAAAGGGCCUCUCGAACUCUAUCGAAACUUCCAUCAAGUUGCACUUCUUCAUCUUCUCUUUCAUCUCGUUCAUCAUCAAUGGAUCGUCGUGGAUCUCUUUCCUCACUUUCAUCAACGUCGUCCCUCAAUUCCUCUUCAAUGCCCAGUUAUUCCUAUCGAUCAUCGGGUCUUCAACGAUCGGCCACAUCGUCAACAAUUGCCGGUAGUGGACUCUAUUCAUCGGUGUCCACUGUUCAAAACUAUCCUCUAAUGUCGUCAAGAUCGAUGUCCCAAAUUCGUCGCCCAGUCUACGGUUUAACGAAAGUCUCAUCUCAAUCGGAUAUCGUGCGAAAACCGCCACAAAUGCGGAUGAGCAUUCGAACGGCUAAC